AUGGGUGCGGAAAACUCAUGCCGGCUAUUGGGACCGGUGGCGCUCUUCAUCCAGUUCUUCAUGGCGGCCGUGGCCGUCGGGGGAUUGCUAGUUAAGCGCCAGUACGAGCACCCCAAGCGCACGUGGCGGGUGUGGUCAUACGAUGUGGGAAAGCAGAUGAUCGGGUCUGCCGGGAUACACCUGCUCAAUGUGCUGCUGAGCAUCAUGAAGAGCCAGGGCCUGCUCGGCACGCUGAAAAAGACGGACGACCAGUGCGACUGGUUCUUCGUGAACCUCUUGAUGGACACGACGGUCGGCAUCCCGAUUUUGUGGUGCUGGUUGGUGCUGAUCCACAAGGGGCUGCAGGCGCUGGGCGUGCAGAACAUCGAGAGCGGCAACUACUACCCCACGCUGGACAAGCCGGAGCCCGGCGCCGCGGUGCCGCGCACCGGCCCGAUGUUCAGCGCGUUCGUCAAGCAGCUCCUCGUGUUCGUGUCCGGGCUCGCCAUGAUGAAGGUGUGCAUUUUCCUGCUGCUCGGCUGCUUCGAGCAGCUCGCGAACCUCUUCGCCGACCUCGUGCUCGGCUGGUCCGACCCCUGGCCCAACCUCCAGGUGUUCCUCGUCAUGUUCGUGUUCCCCGUCCUGUUGAACUGCUUCCAGUACUUCUGCGUCGACAACAUCAUCAAGUUGCCAUCCGACCGCUUGACCCGCCAGAACGUCGACAAUUUCGACCAGGAGUCCAUCUUCGAACAGAACGGCGUCUACGUGCCCACCCUGCUGGCAGCGGCGAAGCAAACAUACCUGGCCGUGUGA